GCCCGGUCCUCCCGCUCAGCCGUGCAGGUUGAAUCCACCAAAGCGAUGGUUAUGGAGAAGCCUAGUCCCCUGCUGGUCGGGCGGGAGUUUGUGCGACAGUACUACACCUUGCUGAACCAAGCCCCGGACAUGCUGCACAGAUUUUAUGGGAAGAACUCUUCCUAUGCCCACGGGGGUUUGGACUCCAACGGGAAGCCAGCGGAUGCAGUCUAUGGGCAGAAGGCAAUCCACAGGAAAGUGAUGUCACAAAACUUCACCAACUGUCACACCAAGAUCCGCCACGUGGAUGCCCAUGCCACUCUGAAUGACGGGGUGGUGGUCCAAGUGAUGGGGCUCCUGUCCAAUAAUAACCAGGCUCUGCGGAGGUUCAUGCAGACCUUUGUUCUUGCUCCUGAGGGCUCUGUGGCCAACAAAUUCUAUGUUCACAACGACAUCUUCAGAUAUCAAGAUGAGGUCUUUGGUGGCUUUGUCACUGAACCUCAGGAGGAAUCUGAGGAAGAAGAAGAAGAACCUGAAGAAAGACAACAAACACCUGAGGUGGUGCCUGAUGAUUCUGGAACAUUCUAUGAUCAGGCUGUCAGCAAUGACUUGGAGGAGCAUUUAGAGGAGCCUGUUGUGGAGCCAGAGCCAGAACCGGAGCCGGAGGCAGAACCAGAACCUGUGCCUGACAUCCAAGAGGACAAGCCUGAGCCACCACUGGAGGAAGCUGCUCCCGAGGAUGUGCAAAAGAGCACUUCCCCAGCCCCAGUGGAUGCUGCCCCAGCGCAGGAAGACCUGAGCGGGGCUGUUCCAGUGACAGGGACACCACCUCAUGUGGUUAAAGUGCCGCCUUCACAGCCCCGCCCAGAAUCUAAGCCUGAAUCACAGAAUCUACCACAAAGGCCUCAGAGAGACCAGAGAGUUCGAGAGCAACGGAUCAAUAUCCCUCCUCAGAGGGGACCCCGGUCAAUGCGCGAGGCUGGGGAAGCAGGAGAUGUGGAACCUCGAAGGAUGGUGAGGCACCCUGACAGUCACCAGCUCUUCAUCGGGAACCUGCCACAUGAGGUUGACAAGUCGGAACUGAAGGAUUUUUUCCAAAAUUAUGGGAACGUGGUGGAGCUGCCCAUUAACAGUGGCGGGAAAUUACCCAACUUCGGUUUUGUUGUGUUUGAUGAUUCUGAGCCUGUUCAGAAGGUCCUUAACAACAGGCCCAUUAUGUUCCGAGGCACGGUCCGUCUGAACGUGGAGGAGAAGAAGACUCGAGCUGCCAGGGAAGGCGACCGCAGGGAUAACCGUCUUCGGGGACCAGGAGGCCCCCGUGGUGGGCCAAGUGGUGGGAUGAGAGGCCCUCCCCGCGGAGGCAUGGUGCAGAAACCAGGCUUUGGUGUGGGCAGGGGGAUCACAACUCCAAGGCAGUGAAUUGCUUGGCCCCAAUCUCCACACAGCACACAGCCCUGGCUCCUGCAGAAUGGUGAUUUCUUCAACCAGCCUUUGGUGUCUCGGAGUAGUCUAUUAUAAACUGCUCGAGUUUGUACAAUUUUCAUUUCGCUUGUGUUCAUGGUGUGUGCCCCCCACUCUCCUUUCCUCCCCUGACCUUUUAGUCCUUCACUUCCAGUUUUCCGGAACGAUACUUUAGGAGGAGUAGGUUUUUAAAGAAGAGGAGGGGACUCUCUUUUCCUGCUCACGCAGAAGAUACAGACUGGAGUUUAACAGCCAUUCCCCAAAGGAGUGCAUCUCGUUUUUCACUGACAAUGGAUGUUUCAUUUGUUGGGAGACACAGGAUUUGAUAAACAUUUUGGAAGCAGGAAAAAUCCAUAUUAUCUGUCAAGAGUCACGUCUCCUGUCUGGUGUGGAAAAAUUACCUUUUGGCAACUGCCACUGGGUCCCUGCUGGUGUGGCUAACUGAAUAAAAGGUGUUUCCAGAAAAAAAAAAA